AAAUGCGGGGUUGAAUGUGGUGGGGAGGAGCAGCCACGCGAGAAGAGGCGUGUAUCGGUAGGUUUCUCGUGUGUAGGGCGACUGCGAUUGAGAGGUGUAUUGAGAGGCGGAGGUGAAGACGUGGUAGUCUAUGUCGGUGUAUUUUAGGGGGGAGUGAAGAUCUUGGUAGAGACCGUAGGUGAAGAGGGUUAUGCGGAGGAUGAUGGCUAGGGUGAAGAGGGUGCUGGUUGAUAGUGCCAUGGUUUUUCGGAGAGGGAUGACCUGGGGGUUUUGUCUUUGUGAGUGAGUUUCUGAGGGUUAUAGUAUGAUUGCAAUCAUGACAACUAAUCAAAUUGUCUCGACUUUUGUCAUCUUCUUGUGACUGAAGUUGAAUCUCGAGUACUUGUCUUUUCGAUGUUGAAGUCUGCACGUGUUUAUAUGAUAGUCUUACCCCACCCUAAUCUAUACGCACACUUUACCUAGUCUGCUUACCUCACCAUCCAUCUCCACUAUCCACAACACGCCUCACAAAUCUGCACAAGUGCAGGGUCUCUUCUCACCAUGCAAGAAACACGCCAACAUCAAACAGAAAAUAUGCCAGGAAUUAAACGUCAACAUGAUGGUACUUCCAAGGAGAAAUCUGAGAGGAAGUUGGAAGGGGCAGAGGAGAAGUCAGGAGCCUCUUUAAGUCCCUUCAUGCCAAUGUUUGAGGCUUUCAGAGCCGAAUUGGAUGAACAUCAUGAUCGUAGAGAGAGAAUUAUUAAGGCCGGAAGAGAUAUCACGGCGGGAAGUAAGAAAAUGUAGGAAUUUCUUUCAAGGGGUGCGAAGUUGUUAUGCGGGAAUUGAGCUAAUUAUUUUGUAGAAUUUUUGCAUUGCAGAGGUAAGAUUAUGGAUGGAUGGAUGGAUGGAUGGAUGGAUUGGGCUAGGAUGAUUUUUUGAAUCUCAAAAAACGUUUUCCUAUUAAAUAAUCAUGCUGAUUACAUAUGCAGAGUGCAAAAACUCCAACAACCCCUUCCGCAGAGAAUAGCUAAAGAAACUUCCGAGAAACUCUCUACAAUCCAUGAUCUCUUCACCAGUAUAUCACCUGAUCUCACGGGUGUGAAUUCUUGGCGCUAUCAAAGACAGAUUUCGGGCGGUAUUCAAGAAUACAUGGAAGCUGUAUCAUUUUCUCACUACCUCACCGAACAAUCUUUAAUUCCUCCCUCGACUGCUCAGGCUUCUUUACCUGAGGCGGUAAAUCUUACGGGCGAUGACUAUGUUCUUGGGAUCUUUGAUUUGGUGGGCGAGAUGAUGAGAUUUGCUAUUACGAGGAUGGCGACGGAUGGGGAAUUGCCGGGUAGAGAGGAGAGAAAUAUUUUGGCGGAUUUAAGGGAUAUUAGGAUGAGGUUUGAAGAGUUGGAUACGACGAGGUGUGGGAAUGUGGGAUUAGGGAGGGAUGUGGAGAAGAAGAUGGAGGUUAUGAGGACUUGUGUUGAGAAGGUGGAAACGGCCGUUUAUGGGAUGAUUGUUAGGGGGAGGGAGAGACCUAAGGGUUGGGUUAUGGAGAUGCCGGAUGAGGGGAGGGGCGCGGUGGAGAGUUAUUAGAAUAGAAGGGUGUUGGGAAGUUGAAGGUGGGAAGUUAGAGAGUGUGUGAGAAGAAGAUGGUAGUUAUAAUCCGAGAAAAUGAAACUCGAGAAUCCCUUUGCUAUAGCUAUGGUUAAAUUGCAGGGAUAUCAACCACAAAGCAUCCCGCAAUUAUCAGAACUUGCAACACACUCACUAUCCCGAAGAUAUCCAUUCUCUCUCUCGGUUUAGCCGAGAAUACAGUGUCGACUGACCUUUCAGUAGCACUUUUCGCUUUCCGCUUUCUGUUACAAUCUUAAGAGAAAUAUCCCGUUGGUUCUUUAUAAUUAUUUACC